UGUGUGUGUUUAUCUAUGAGGCCACCAUUUGGCAACUCCCUUCUCUCCAUCCCUGUACUUCACCUACCCCAAACCUGCAGAAAAAAUGGUUAUUUAAGGGCAAUUGGAAUUCAGGAAAAACAAGACAAACCCUUGAACAAGAAGUUGCAGCAGCACCUAGAGGCUGACAACAUGAAGGUCCUCCUGCUGCUAACAGCUGUGAUCAUGGCCUUUGGCCCAAUACAGAUCCAAGGAGGCCUUGCAGAGUUUCAAAAAAUGGUCGAACUUAAGACAGGAUAUUUCAGUGGUCUAGUCUACCUCACCUAUGCUUGCCACUGUGGCUUGGGUGGCAGUGGAUAUCCCGUGGAUGAAACAGAUUGGUGCUGUUUUUAUCAUGACUGCUGCUAUGAUCGAUUGGAGAUUCGUGAUUGUGGCACGUUGUUAGGACUGCCCUACCAUUUCACCAAACAAGGGAACGAAAUCGUCUGCUCCUCCAACCAGGACCCCUGUCAGAGACAGCUGUGCCAAUGUGACAAAGUCGCCGCUGACUGUUUUGCCCGGAACUUGCAAACCUUCAAGUUUCCUUAUAUAUUCUAUUCCAAUAAGCGUUGCAGAGGGAAGACACCCAGCUGCUCAUUUUUACACUCUCUGGUAGUCUAGACAGGUCUCCUCUAGCACCCCCUCACCAGCUCAGCCACGUCCUCCCUGUGAUAAACACCCUUCUCCCACCUAGAGGCAGGGUAGGGGCCUUUCUGUCAUCACUCAGAUGAGACCCAAAACCUGGUGAGUUAGACUGAUCUUUCCCUGUCGCUCAUCUACCUUGGACGGGAAGAUCGUCUGCCUCCAGCUUCCCCUUGGCACCCAACCUCCUACCUCACAGUACCACGGAGGCUCCUAAAAAUAAAGUGCUUCACUAACAA